AUGUCCGGCGCUCGCGUCUGCAUGCAAUGUUGUCGCUCUACGGCACGGCGAGCAGUCAAGCUCGGUCGUCAGUAUCCCUGCUCACAGCACCAGCAGCGGUGCGCCUCAUCUUCGUCCCCGGCCUACCACCUUGAUGAUCUUGUGUCAGAAUUGCCGCGCAGCACUCGCUAUUCACAGCCUCGGCGGAAGUCUGCCACAUCCACUUCUAGCCAACCCGGAAGUCUGUACGAUUAUGUAGCUGCAAAAUCCCCUUAUCAGCAGCCCACUCGCAACCCUCCAACCACAUCUGCUCAGCCCAGUGCUGCCUCACAUCCUCAGCAUUCAGACUCUUCUACUCGAGAACCGCCUCGUACAAAAAAGUCCCGAGAUGCUUCCCUCAUCUCGUACACGUCCAACCUAGAAGAUCUGGUCGCAAGAAACGAUGCCAACGCUGCCUGGUCUUACUUUUGUACCCACUAUACCGAUCCCAACUGCGCCGCCUUGGACCCCGCCUCCCUCCCCUUCCUCGACGUCCCAAAGCACAGGAGAGGAUUUGUUUAUACACGCCUCUUGUCUCUGAUGACCCGCCACUGGCUCGCACAACUCGACUUGCAUCAAUCUGCUUCAAACAUAAUCUCUCCCUCCCCAUAUGUUGUGCUCAAAAGAUUUGGUCAGCUCUCCAUAUCUACACCACCUAUCGCUUCUUCUCUAGCCCUAUCUUUAGCAAUCCAUCUCCAGUUGGCUGCUUCCAAAGGGUUGGAUGUCUUGGACCAUCCUACAACAAAGAUUGUCCUUAUCCAAUUAUUUGAGACUUGGCCCCUCUGUUUCUACCCGACCAAACGUCCUACAACAGAUUACCACCGCUUUUUGAAUUUGCUCAGAGCACCGACUGAGAAGCCGUCAGAUCUCAGUCUAUCACUCUUGCUUAUACAAGACAUCAUGUGCCGCGCAACAUCUUUCCCAAAUGACCUCGAGGAAUAUCGACCUCUGCUCCAGACACUCGGCAGCGCGUGUUUAAAGGCACAGCUGAAUCAAGCCGCUGUACGACAUAUCGAGAUGAAGCUCAAAAGCCAAUUUCAAGAUGAUGCUUUGGCAUCAGCCGAACUUAGCCAAAGACUUUGUAAACUUCACGCAGCUUCCGUGCUCAAAACCCCCUCACACAUAGGCUCUACUCUUGCCGAGAAGGCAACAGCCCCCAAGUCCUUCGAGCAGAAAGCUAAAUCACUCAUCUCCGACGUCAGUGCUGCUGCCGAUAAGCAGAAUCUCGAUACGGUGGAACGACUAUGGGCUCGGACACAAGAAAUGUUGAUGGAUGAAUUGUCACGAACGCCAGAGCAUGCACCUUCGACGACCCGGCUGUACGAAGCGUUCCUGGUUGCUUUCUUCCAGCUGCGAAGGCCCCAGUCUGGGCUGCAGGUCUGGAACAGCAUGCUCCAGUCAGGCUUCGAACCGACUGUUCGUACUUGGAACGUUAUGAUGAAGGGUUGCCAUAUUUCCCGAGACAUCCAUAUCAUGGAAUCCAUGUGGCAUUCGAUGAGAAACUCUGGUAUCCAGCCCGACGUGGUUUCAUGGAGCACCAGAAUAUAUGGUCAUUUCCGGAUUGGUGACCCUCGUGAUGGUAUGUCUGCGUUGGAAGAAAUGGGAAGGGACUGGCUCAGCGCCCAACACAGGAGACGCUCAAAGUCUGGCAGCCUCGAGGACACCUCAGAGGUUCCCAAACCUGACACCGUUAUAUUGAACUCGGCCAUCUCAGCUCUUCGUAGCAAGAAAGCAAAUCAGAUCCCACACGUCUUAGCAUGGAGCCGUCGCUUCAACAUUGAGCCAGACGUAGCAACUUACAAUGCGUUGCUUGCCAUCUCACUCGGUGGAGGACAAGCGACAGAUGCAGCAAACAUAUUGCAGCGUAUGGCAGCAGCCAACAUUCAACCCAAUUCCUCGACCUUUACUAUCCUGGUUGACUCGAUGCUGUCGACAACGCUCGGUGGCAUGACGCAUGACGAGCAAAAGGACAGGAUCAUGGAUCUCAUUUCCUCAUUUGAAGGAUGUGGCAUGAAGGUUGAUGUUCAAGGAUAUGCUCUGAUCAUCGAUCGUAUGCUUAAGGACCAUAACAACUUGAAGGCGGCUAGAAGCGUACUGGCGCACAUGACUGCCCGCAAGGUUGCGUGUACACCUCAUAUAUACACAAUUCUCAUGACGCAUUACUUUGACGCCAAUCCACCCGAGCUUCUUGCUGCGGAUGCACUUUGGAACGACAUACAGAGUUCGAGGCAGGAAGAAGCAAUGGACGUCAUCUUCUACGACAGAAUGGUAGAAGGGUUUGCAAGACAUGGUGAUGUAGGCAGGACGAUGGCCUUCUUGAAUCGCAUGAGCAAGGAGGGAAAGCGGCCUGGUUGGCUAGCCAUGACGGCUGUAGUACAGUGUCUUGCACGCAGCCAUGAGUGGGACAGAAUCGGACAGAUAGUCAUGGACUGCCACAAGCAAGAGGGACUUCUGAGCGCAGGUCUGCGAGGGAAAAAGGGACAGAAGGACUUCUGGGAGUACGUGGGAAGGCUGGCGGAGAAUGAGCUUUAUGGCAGCGAGCAUGGCAGGGAAGUGUUUGCGAUUGUCGAGGCGCAGAGAGCGGCCCUGGGAAUGUGA